AUGUUUGGGCAUUCAACAAGUAAACUUAGAGGAAAAAUAGUAUGGAUUACGGGCGCGUCGAGCGGUAUUGGGGAGGCGCUCGCGUAUGAAUUGGCUGCUAAUGGCGUCAAAUUAGCCAUUUCUGGCACUAAUGUUAGUCGACUUGAAGAAGUGAAGAGGAACUGCAUCUCAUUCAAUCAAUUGAAAGAAGAAGACGUCAAGAUUCUAAGCUUUAAUGUGAAGGACUAUUCACAACACCAAAAGCAAUUCAAUUCAGUCAUCACUCACUUUAAAACUCUCGAUAUUCUGGUGUCCAAUGCGGGUAAGGGUCAGAGAGCAGAGUUCGCUAACAUUGACAUCGAUGUCGACAAAGAGAUGUUUGAAAUCAAUGUCUUCGGACUCAUUAAUUUGUCGCGAAUUGCUUUGAGAUAUUUCCUUCAAAAUAACAUUAAAGGGCAUCUCGUGGUCACUUCAAGUAUAGCCGGAAAAUCGGGUGCUCCAAACUCGAGCUCAUAUUCUGCGACCAAACAUGCCUUACAUGGUUACUUUGAAAGCGCUCGCAUUGAGACCAAAUCAAAGGGUAUUUCAGUGACAAUGUUAUGUCCCGGACCUGUGGUCUCCCGGAUUGCAGAGAAUGUAUUGACUGACAAAAAGGACAAUAAAUACGGUUCCGAUGAAGGCAAUUCAGCCAAAAAGAUGAGAACCAACAGAUGCGCUCAUCUCAUGGCUGUAGCCAUCGCUAACCAUUUGGAUGAAGUAAUUCACUCUUUUAUUAAUAAAUAA